UUUCAUGUCACGAUUUGCAUUCUUUCAAUGAUAACGCUAAAAUGUGCGCAGUAGUUUUCACAGAGAAAUUGAACUUUGUACAUGUACUUCUACCAAUCAGAAUUUAAAAGAAUUCAAUAGUCUAGAAUCGUUAGUUAUUUUUUGAGUCCAAAUGACGCUGUCUGAAACAUAACACUAAUAAUUUGUUGUUUUUGAAAAUACCUACUAGAAUACUACAAAACUUGGACUGAACAGAUAUUCAACAUAAGAAGAGGGGGAAAUAGUCAAGAAUCAUUUUAAAUUGUGACGCAGACCAUAUUCAGGAUAUUUUGGUAAAGGCCUUUUGAAAAUACAAAUCUUGGAAGUUGUGACCAGAAAAGAAAAAAAAAACCUGACUACAUAAGAGAAGAAAAACUAAACUGCGACAAUAACAAAAAUAGAUUGUUAAGAAGGAUAAACAAGGCAUAGAUCUAUGAGGCUUUUAACUUAAACGUCUUAACCGAUCGAUGUACUUGACAGGUGCCAUGUAACAAAGUACGAGUAGGAACAUCUGAACGUAAAUCAGUAAUAGAUGAAAGAGGUCCAGUGCAGAACAAAGAUCAAAGUUCAAAUAAAGAAAAGGCCACACGCAAAUCAACCAUGAAUGCUUCAACAAAUGUAAAUUACAAUGAUUUCCAAAAUUGCCAAGAGGAAGGCAAAAUUAAAAACGACAAAGGAGAUUCUGGAAUAGAAAAAUUAAAGGAAGUUCUAAGUCUUGGAAAGGAAAACGAAAUUGUCGAGCAUCUAAAUAAAAAUAUAAAACCAAAAAGCCCAGAAGAAAUUAAAAUCCUUAAUGAAGACGCAAAGAGGGAAUUCAAUGGAGAAACAAUUUUACAUAUAGCUUUAAAGUUUCAGGAUACAAACAAAUUUGUAGAAGAAAUAUUAAAACAUAGUAAUGAGUUUUUGAAGGAACAAAGAAUUCAAAGCAGCAAUUUUAAAGGUCAGACAAUCCUGCAUGUUGCCAUAGCAAAAGGGAAUUUAGAGGCUGUCAAAAUAAUUCUUGAAAAUACAAAAAAUGAGGGAAUUCAAAAGUUGCUCUGUACAUGUGCAGUAGGUAGCAAAUUCAAGAACACCGUUUUAAUGGGACAGCUUCCUUUAAGUGUUGCAGCUCUUGCAUGUAAGGAAAAAGAUUUUCAAAUAAUCACUCAUCUUCUCCUUCAAAAGGCUAAAAUUUGGAACCAAAACGAGGACGGGGAUACUGUUUUUCACUCCUUAAUCAAAUAUGCUGAUAUAUAUCCUGAAAAGACCCAGCAUUUAAAAAAAACAUUCGAAUUCCUUUGGGAAAAGUUUAACGAAUACUGCCACGAUACUACAACAUCUUCAAAUCCAACAGAUAUUCUUUUCUGGAAGAAUAAGUCAGGCUCAACCCUGCUAUGUUUAUCUGCAAAACUUGGUGUCAAUGAACUUUUUGAAUUUGUUAUCAAUAUCCAGGAUGUCUAUCGCAUGACAAAUAUAAGGGAUGGUCUUUUCGACAUUAGAGAAUACGAUGUUACAGAAUUCGAUAGAUUGAUAAGUUAUACGGAAAAUGAAGAAAGUAAUAAGAAAAAUGAAGAAAAUAAAAAGAUAAUCACAGUUUUAGAAAGUUUAUUUGACUCCAGGUGUUCUCACAAAGAAGCAUUUCAAAUCCUGAACCAAGAAUUGGUACGGUUUAUUUUGCAAAGGAAAUGGAUGGCUUACCGGAAACCCCUUUUCAUUUGGAUGAUCCUUCAUUUAACAUUUAUUUCUUUGUUUACAGCAUCAUCUAUAAAAAAAUCUGAGAUUUUGUUCUGUCCCACGAACAGUGAGACAUCGCGUAACAUUGGUGAUUUUUUUUAUGCAAUGGUUGUUAUAACUACGACGGUUGGAAUAACUUACUUUAUAUUUGCUUUUUUGUGCAUUAUAACGUUAACAAAACGUUGUAAAUUGGUAUCACGAAAAUCUGUUAAUUUUGGAUUAAUGAUGCAUAAUUUGGACUAUAUAGUUUGUUUGCUGGUAACAGCCAUCAGUGCGCUGUUGGAGUCAUGUUUGAUUAUUCUCAAACUACACUGGGACUAUCACAUUGUUUUUGCAUUGAUAUCUAGCUGGUAUUUCAUGCUUUAUUUUUCUCCAUUUAGCAAACGCCUCGUUUCUUUUACACACAUGAUAAAAUCUGGGUUUCUAGAGGAUUUCUUACCUUUUGUUGUGGUUUUUGUAGGAUUGUUGUUUUCGUUUACAGCAAUGAUGUAUAUGCUUUUCCGUGGAACUAAUGAUGUAGACGAGUUUGAUACUUUUCCAAGCGCUCUUCUCACAAUGUUUAACCUAGGCGUAGGUCUGAAUGAUAUUGGCGUGCUAAGCCUGUCGCGGAUCCCGUGGCUAGCAUACACAUUAUUUGUAGUAUUUGUAAUACUUUCUUUCAUUCAUUUGUUUAAUGCGUUGGUUGCUAUUAUGUCCCAGACAUUUUCUGAUGUACACGGUGAUAGAAAUUCUUUUCUUAAAUACAACAAAUUAAAAAUGAUAGAACUAUUUGAAGACAUAAUUUUAGUUAAACCACUUGCAAAAUGCUUACCUUUCGUGUUAAAGGCAAAACACUGGACACGGGAAAAGGAAGUAAAACUAUCAACUCCGACAACAGAUAAUGCAAAAGAACAGAAAAUGAAACGAUAUUGUUCGGAACUUCACUUGUUGGAUAAAAUGGAUGAAUACAAUGACGACAAGGAGGAAAAGAAAAGAUUAAGUAAAUCAAGAAUGGGGGAUUUGACAAAAUAUUUGUAUAACUAUCAACAUGUCAGUAAAAAGAAGACCACAGAUCUGCAACGAUCCAGCAAAAUCAACCCUGAAAGGGAAGUAAUAUUCAUUGUGCAAAAAACUAGCAAGUCUUCUCAAUACCCAGAGGUGAAUUCAUAUUUGGAAUAAAAUAAUUUUUGACCGAGUGUAUACUUUAAUAUGUAAAUUACAUGUAACAGCUUCAAAUCUGUUAAACGCUCCACAUCGUCUCGAUUACAUAACUGCUGUAUUUGACUUUGUUAAAAUCUGCACAGUUUUUACAAUAUCAUAAAAAAUUCAUUCUAAAAAAUGUUCUUGCCUUUUGCCUUGAUAAAUUUAAUGUGUUUGUAGUUUAAUGGUUCUCUUUUUUCUCAUAUCAAAUUCGAAAAAAGAUAAGCAUAAAAAUGAUACAGAUUUAGAUAUACUACUUAAAAAUAUUGAAACAAUCUUGAUCAGAUUACGUUUGUAAAUUUUGAUUUAUGUUUGCUUGUUUGAAAAGAAUAUAUUUAGUAGCAAGUUUCUGUGAAAUGUAUAAAUUAUGUUUUUACCAUAAGUAGUGAUUAUUUUAGGUUUCAAUCCAAUCAAACUAGGGUAGUAAUAGAAGCAUGAAUUAUCUUGUUUUUAAAUGUUUCAAAUAAAAAGCUUUAAUUUU